AUGAAGAGAACCCACAAUGCCCUAGAAGUGGACGAGUACGGGCCGGGGGACGCUUCCGGCUCUGCCAUUCGUGGAUCCAAAGUGUCCAGAAAGAUACGAGCCUGCCAGCAAUGUCAUACGCGCAAGAUUCGCUGCGUCACAGAGGAUGGGGCCCCAAAGUGCAUACGCUGCACCAAGAAUGGCUUCGAUUGCGUCGUGAACAAGAAUUUACAAGAUCUCCUAGAAGGGGAAUAUGACUGGAAAAAGACCAUGGAACAACAGAUGGAGUCCAUGCGUGCCUCUAUGAUAGACAUGAAGGCGAAGCUCGACAACCUGCAAUCGACUCAGCAGCAAAUGGCCCUCGCGACCACUUCCCCAGAGACCGUCUCUCGUCUCUCAGCUCCGACGCCUCAUUUGACCGCAAUGACUCGGGAGAACUCACCUGAUACCCAGAGUGUCUCUAGAGACGAAGGCGCCAUUGUUGAUGCUCCUAUGGUGAGUCUCUUUAGAGCGACGAAGCUACGCAAUAUCAGAAGUGAUCCCAGUCGCGACGGUAGAGCAGCCAUGGAUCGCCACCGCCAACCAGACUUUAUCUCACAAGGACGGAUUACUCUUGCUGAGGCAGAAGAUCUCUUUUCUGCGUUCAAGGGCACCCUUAACGCUUAUCUCUGGGGCGGUGUCGCUCUCGUCCACGAUACCCUUUCAUCAGCCAGGGAAUCAUCGUCACUCCUCGUCGCAGGCAUCUUAGCCGUAGCCGCCCUGCACACCCAAGACGAUGGUCAGAGCUUCGACCGCUGCUACGUCGUGUUCGCCGAACUCGCCAGCCAAGCCAUGUUCCAACGAUAUCACACUCUCGACGACAUCCGCGGUCUCUGCAUAGGUGCAUUCUGGCUUUCAGACCUAAGCUGGAAGCUCUCCGGGCUCGCUGUGCGUAUCGCCACAGAACUUAAUAUCCACCAACAUUGUGCUAGGGCUCUGCGUGGGGAGACUUCGCAUUGUGAGAAAGCAAGGCUGUGGUAUCUUCUUUAUGUUUGCGAUCAUCACUUUAGUAUUGCGUACGGGAGACCGCCUGUUAUAGCUGAGGAUGUGACUUUGAUCAACCAUGAGGGAUUCCUUGGUCUUCCGGGGGCAAAGGGUUCUGAUGUGCGGCUUCAUAGUCAGGUCAGUAUAUUCAUCAUCCUGAGUCGAACUUAUAGGACGUUUGGACUGGAUAGAUCACGGGUUGUUGCGAAUGAUGAGUUUGAUGCGAUACGGCGUUACAAUGGCGAGUUGGGGCAGUGGAAGCAGACUUGGGAGGCACGACUUGGAGAGCUAGGUUGCGAUCAGCAGAUCGGCGAUUACCCAAAGAAAGGAGUAGUGCUACACUACCACUUCGCCCGACUUCUUCUGUUCUCCGUCUGUCUACAGGGUCUCCAACCAACCGACGGUUUUCUCAUAUCUCUUGAGAGACAAGACUUUAUCAACACCGCCGUAGAGAGCGCAUGUGCAGCACUGCGUUUAAUCCUCGAAGACUCUGACAUGCGUCGCGCCGUGGUGGGAGUCCCUUUAUAUCUCCUCACCACGAUCGCGUACUCGUCCAUCUUUCUGAUCAAAGUAUGUUCGUCAUGGAGGGCUGUUGUCGUACACCUCUCGGUAGACGAUGUAGUCAACCUUGUCGGCCCCAUCAUCUCUAUGCUGAAUGCGACACAGGCCUAUGCGAGGCAUGUAGCGCAUUAUAUUGGGCAGGGUCUUAGUACCAUGCUCGACAAGCUUAAGUCAGGAGAGUCGGCGAAUGAGGUACUCAUGCCGCAAACUGCUAGCAACAGGACGUUGGAAGUGCCUCAAGACUCGCGACCAGCACAGCAACAGGAUUGGGAUCUGAGCUACGGUUGGAUGAUGGGGGAUCAGCUUGGGAUGGGACUAGAAUACUAUCCUGGAGACCUGCUCGGGAUCAUUGGUUCGCAAAUGGCAGAGUAA